AUAGACACUCACACACAGAGUAUAAGUAACAGGUUUAUCGUCCACAAAAUCCUCUCCCCCUCUCUUUCCCCUCCCAUCUAUCUCGGAUCUCAUUCUCUUUUCAUCUUCCUCCAACCCAUCCUCCUUUCUCAGCAAGGUAUCGAGAGUGUUUCCUCAUCGCUCUCGAUCCCUCAAGCAAGCAUGGAAGGACUUGCGAACCAACUAAAGCGAGGAAUCUCACGUCAGUUUUCGACAGGAUCAUUGAGAAAGUCACUUAGCAGGCAAUUCUCACGACAAUCUUCCCUCGAUCCUAGGAGGAAUAACUUGAGGUUUAGCUUUGGAAGACAGUCUUCUUUGGAUCCAAUACGGAGAAGUCCACUUCAUGAUCAUGCACAGUUGAGUGUACCGGAGAAUCUGGAUUCCACAAUGCAUUUGUUAUUCAUGGCGAGUAGAGGAGACGUUAAAGGAGUUGAAGAUUUGUUGGAUGAAGGUGUUGAUGUUAAUAGUAUCGAUUUGGAUGGAAGAACUGCUCUGCAUAUUGCAGCUUGUGAAGGUCAUGUUGAAGUUGUUAAGCUUCUUUUGAGUCGCAGGGCUAAUAUCGAUGCUCGUGAUCGAUGGGGCAGCACGGUGUGUGCCGAUGCCAAGUAUUAUGGGAAUGUUGAAGUUUAUAACAUUUUGAAGGCAAGAGGAGCUAAAGCCCCGAAAACCACCAGGAAGACACCUAUGGCUGUGGCAAAUCCUCGAGAAAUUCCGGAGUAUGAGCUUAACCCAUUGGAACUUCAAGUUCGAAAAGCUGAUGGCAUUGCAAAGGGAAUGUAUCAAGUUGCUAAAUGGAAUGGUACUAAGGUUGCCGUGAAGAUACUUGAAAAGGAACGUUGUGCAGACCCUGAGAGCAUAAAAUCUUUCAAACACGAGCUAACCUUAUUAGAAAAAGUUCGACAUCCGAAUUUGAUUCAGUUUGUUGGAGCUGUGACCCAAAAUUUUCCCUUGAUGAUUGUAGCAGAAUAUCAUUCAAAAGGUGACCUAGCAAGUUAUCUUCAGAAGAAAGGGCGGUUUUCCCCAUCUAAAGCUUUGAGACUUGCUCUUGAUAUUGCUAGGGGCAUAAACUACCUACACGAAUGCAAGCCAUAUCCGAUCAUCCAUUGCGAUUUAAAGCCAAGAAAUAUUUUGCUGGAUGAUGGUGGUCUAUUGAAGGUAGCUGGAUUUGGUUUGAUACGGUUGUCAAACAUUUCACCUGACAAAGCCAAAGUAGCUCCAGGGACUAUUAUUGACCAUUCAAAUGUAUACACGGCACCUGAGAUUUAUAAAGAUGAAAUAUUUGAUAGAAGCGUCGAUGCAUACUCUUUCGGAGUCGUUUUGUAUGAGAUGCUUGAGGGAGUGCAGCCUUUCUAUCCCAAGUCUCCUGGAGAGGCUGUGAAAUUGAUGUGCUUAGAAAACCAGAGACCACCAUUUAAGAUCAAAUCAAGAAGCUACCCUCCAGAUUUAAGAGAGUUGAUUGAUGAAUGUUGGCUUUCAGAACCUGGUGGUAGACCAACCUUUUCUGAGAUCAUCACAAGACUGGACAAAAUCUGUUCCAACUGUUCAAAACAAGGAUGGUUGAAAGAUACCUUUAAGCUUCCAUGGAAAUGACAUGGAAGAAGACCGGAGAUUAUCGUCGAAGAAAGCAAGAGUUUCGGAGCUUCAUAUCACACAGUGAUAAUCAUACAUUUUCUUUAAUUAGAAUGAAUGUAGGAGACGAAGGCUUGGGGAUUGAAAUGAAAAUGAGUUGCUGCCCCUUGUUCUCAUGCUUCUUUGGAUGUAUAAUAUGCGCUCCUUGCAUGGAUUGAAAUAGAAAUUUUACUUCAUAUUUUUGGUCGUCA